AUGGAACUGAUGCUUGACGCGGUUUCUUUUUUUGUUUCCUUUAGUACCGGUGUCGUUCUGACCUUCCUGUGCAUGCGUAGCGUUGGGUACAGCAGCCGCUGGCCCUCGGGUCUAUUUCGUGUAAAGGGGCGGCAGGCGCGCGCCUUAUUGGCUCACCGUAAUGAGCCGCUAAAAAUGACGCUAGUGGUGCGGAAGGAUUUGAGGAUGGGCACAGGGAAGAUUGCGGCGCAGUGUGCCCACGCGGCAGUGGCGGUGACGGAGAAGGUGGAACGCCGCCGUCAGCAGAAGGGCACGGCCAUACCGACUUCGAAAACUGUUGCUGCUGAGGGUCUGGAUGAGGAUGAGACUACUACCCAUUGGGAUGAGUGGGUUGAGUGGUACGACGCCUGGAUGUUUUCUGGCAGCACAAAGAUUGUGCUGCAGUGCAGUAGCGAAGAGAAACUGAUGGAAGCGUGUCGUGAGGCAAAACAGGUGGGGCUGCCACACACCGUGGUACGCGACGCGGGGCGGACGCAGAUUGCGCCUGGGAGCAAAACAGUUUUGGCGGUUGGCCCGGCACCUGUCAAACUUGUUGAUCGUGUCACGGGUUGCUUCAAAUUGCUGUGA